GGCCACUCUGACCGGUGUGGGGUGAUACCUCAUUGUAGUUUUGAUUUGCAUUUCUGUAAUAAUUAGUGACGUUGAGCAUCUUUUCAUGUGUUUCUUGCCCAUCUGUAUGGAAAGAUGUUUAACUCUUGACGUUAACUUCCGUAGAGAGCCUAUGUCUCCUUUGCUACGUUUUCUUCACAAAUGAUAUGCAUUUAAAUUUGGGGGAUUUUGAUGAGUGUUUGGUCCAACAGUGAUAACUGAACUACUCUUAAAGAUAUGAGCACUUCUUAAUAACAUAUUUUAGUGGCACACUUAACAUAAAGCAUGAGUCAUCUAUAGCCUUAAGCCAAAAAGUAGAAGGGAGUGCAUCUGGAUUUACAUGCUUUUCAUUUUAUUAUUCUGUAGUUUCUAUGACUGUGCUAAAGGAUGAACCUGAUACAGCUGUUUGUUGAUUUACCAAAUCAAGCACUAGUUUGAGCUCUUAAAAUCUAAAAGAGAAGAAAUGCCACUCCUUGUUCCUCCAGGACCUUUAGAGGAGCUAGACCAAAGUAAUAAAUUAUUCCAGGUUCCUAUUACGUGGUGGUGUUUCUUCUAUGAGUAGUCUACAGAACAAAUGAAAUAAGAACUCUCUAACACUACAAAAACAUUGGCUUUUGGUUAUACGUCUCUUAGGAAGCCGGGACCUUGAACAGCAGUUCAGUCAGAGCUGUUUUCUUAAUUACCCCCAUUCACCCUGCUUUGUGCUAACUCUUAAGACAAAUGCAUUUUUAGUGGGUUACAUUUGACAACUUAUGCUCUAACAUAGAUUUCUCUAGUUGAGUGGAAACUUCUGUAAAAUGUUGGCAGAUUCUGUGAAACUAAAGAGAAGACACUAUGUCUCUGAAUGCCUGUAAGUUACUGCAAAAUUGCAAGAUCCUAUGGGGAAAAAAAGAGCAUUCAGAUAACUUGAAGGUCUUUUUUAUGGACAACUUGGAAUGCAAGGAUUUUAAUUUUAUGCUCCUAAAGUUUGAAAAUAAGGUAGCCUAGGUUAAAUAGUAUAGUUUUCAGAAGCUGGAUGUGCUCAAUUGGAGCUCAGUUUGUCUGCUGGUAAUAUCAAAACAACUUGCUGAGCUCGUGGCUCAUAACACUAAUGUUUUGCUGAUCUGUGGUUAGAUGAAUUAAGUCUCUGUUGGCAACGUCUCUCUCCCUCUCUUUCUCUCUCUCUCAACUUGGUAAGAAUUUAAAAAUUGCUAUAACAAAUGUAUUUUUCUAGUCUUACACUGACAAUGUCAUUCCAAUUGUCUCUUGAGAGUCAAAUGUCAAUUACAGGAAUCCAUCUUCAUCCUUCUCACCUUUUGGAAAUUGGAGUGGACAUGCUCCCCCUGUUGUGUCUGUUCACCAACAGCAAGAAGGCUCGCUCAAGCAUUGAGCUGUAAACUUCUUCUAGUUAUUUUGUGCUAAUACAGAACUCCUUUCAGUUUACAAACCACAUAAUUAUAACAUCAAGGAGGUUAGUUUUGUCCAACUGAUUUGGGCUGGGCUUCACAAUGACAGCAGUAACAGUGACCACGACAGUUCCCCUGAAGGGGAAGAUAGAAGAUAAUUCUGCCUCGUAUGAGUCCACAUCAGCUCACAUUAUUGAAGAAACCGAAUAUGUGAAAAAGAUUCGAACUACUCUGGAAAAGAUCCGAAAUCAAAUAUUUAAAGAUGAAGUAAGACAUAAUAGUACAAAUCACAAACAAGAUGCAAAGCACUGUCGACACGUUCAAAAUGGCUUUGACUCUGAAGUGGAUCCCUCUUGUUGCAGUUUGGAUCUGCUCCUGGAAAGGAUAAAAGGAAAAGACCUACAGCUCUUAGAAAUGAACAAAGAGAAUGAAGUGUUGAAAAUCAAGCUCGAAGCCUCCAGAGAAGCAGGAGCAGUGGCUCUGAGAAAUGUGGCCCAGAGAUUAUUUGAAAACUAUCAAACACAGUCUAAAGAAGUUAGAAAGAAGCAUGAGGACAGUAGACACUUACUCCAGGUUAACACACUUGAAAAAGAACAGAAAUUGAAGGAACAUGUUGAAAAUCUGAAUCAAAUUGCUGAAAAGCUUGAAGAAAGACAUAAUCAAAUCACAGAACUGGAGAAUCUUGUACAGAGAAUGGAACAGGAAAAGAGAACACUGCUAGAAAAAAAACUGUCUUUGGAAAACAAGCUGCUGCAUCUCAAAUCCAGCGCUACCUAUGCUAAAAGUUGCCAGGAUCUUCAAAAGGAGAUUUCCCUCCUCCAGGAGCAGAUCUCUCAUCUGCAGUUUGUGAUUCACUCCCAGCAUCAGAGCCUGCGCAGUGUCAUCCAGGAGAUGGAAGGCUUAAAAAAUAAUUUAAAAGAACAAGAUAAAAGAAUUGAAGAUCUGAAAGAAAAAGUUAACAUACUUGAAGCCCAGAACAAAGAACUAAAAACCAAGGUGGCACUUUGGUCUGAAAUUCCUAGGCCAAAGGUAUCCAAGGCCGUCUCUACAAGUGAAUUGAAGACUGAAAGCAUGACCCCAUAUUUGAUGUUGGUUAGGCUACGGAAAUGAGCCGCCUGGCUGAAGAUCUGAAUGAGAAAGAUCACUACCUGCGUCUUACUUACUCCUUGAAACACAGUCUAAAUUUACAUAUUAAAACUGCUCAAUGACAGUAUUUAAUGGAAUGUAUUGUAUUAUAUUUAAUAUAUACAUCAAUAACUUUGCAGGAAGAUGACAUUUCAGAAAAUCAAACCAAUAUGUAUUCAAAGAAAGGACCUCUUUCUUCAAAACUUACUAAUGGAUGAAGAAACCAGAUGCUUUCCCACGAUGGAAGAUGAAUUUUGCUUUAAAGUUAAAAAAAAAAACCAACUAAAUUUAUUUUUUUUUGGCAGAUUUUUGCUGAAGAGACUGGUUAAGGUUGUCAACUUUGACCUUUUGAUAGUGGUUUUUAUGUACAGUCAUCCCUAGGUAUCCACAGGAGAUUGGUUCCAAGAGCCCCCUCGGGUACCAAAGCCCAUUCGGAUGUUCAGUCCCAUAUAUAAAAUGGCAGAGUGCAGCUGGCCCUCUGUAUCCAUGGUUUCCACAUCCAUGGAUUCAAUCAAUCGUCAGUGUGGAACCUGCAGGUACAGAGGGCUGACUGUACAUAAAUAUAAGGAAGAAUAUACAGGCAUGCUUCCUUUUACUGUGCUUCACAGACUCUGUGUUUUUUUUUUUUUUUACAAAUUGAAGGUUUGUGGCAACCUUGCAUCGUCAGAUGACGGUUAGCAAUUUUCGGCAAUAAAGUGUUUUUAAAUUAAGGUAUGUAUAUAUAUAUUUUUAGAUAUAAUGCUAUUGCACACUUAACAGGCUACAACAUAGUGUAAACAUGACUUUUAGAUUCACUGGGAAACCAGAAAUUUCAUGUGACUCGCUUUAUUGUGAUAUUCUGUUUAGAUUGGUGCUCUGGUACUGAACCUGUGAUAUCUGUGUGUGUGUUUGUGUGUGAAUAAAUGAUAUAUUUUAAAGUUGACUUUUGGAUAAUAAGAAAUAUCUUACCAUGAUAUAAAUUCAUCUCCUAACCCAUGGUUAGUGGGAGAGUUAUUCUCUACUGAAUUAAAGGCAGAAAAAGGAGUAGAUUCUUUUUAGCUAAUUCCCCAAACCAAACAACCCUCCAAAUUCAAGAAUUCUGCCGCUUCACAACACCUUAGGAGGCUGCUGUUCUUCAGCUGGGAUUAAACUUUGGUUGCUAGAGGCAACCCGCACAUCAGCACAAAGAAAUACACCUUGUGAUUCUGCCUUUGUGACUGGUUUUCUUUUCGAUCUUUGUUAAUAUUAUCUAAGUAAAAUGUUUAGAGGAAAGAAUAGAACACAGUGCUGUUAGCUCAUACCUCCAUAAAAAGGUAUUCAUUAUGGGUUCAAAGGAACAGUGGCUGCUGUCUGCAGCCGGGAGGAAUCUGAAUUCAUGAACUUGGAAUUAUAUGUCUAGUGAUUUUAUGAAAGCGACUUACGUUUUGAUACAUGCAUUCGUUACAGGUGGAAUUUGAAAUUGCUAUAAGUAAAAGAAAACUCUAACUUGUAGAAAUACAAACAUACUGACACUCAGGAAAGCAGAACACACUUCAGCUAAAGGCAUAAUGGGAGACCUUUGUCAUCCUAAAAGGUGAAUUACCUGUAGGUUUUUUCAUCAUUCUCUUUGGUGUAUAACUCUAAACAUUUUCUCAGGAAAGAUGCUUCCUGCCUUUCAAGGUAGAAUGUGAAACAUCUGUAUGAUCUAUGAAAUAUUUAAAGGUAUUUACAAAUGAGAUGAAGUAAUAUCCUUCUAAAUUCAGCAAAGUACUGUAAUCUUUGCAAUGUUGUGUAACUAUGUAUGUUUCAUAUUUCUUGUUUUUAUUGCUUUGUAGUUUUUAAGGUGUAGUUAUCUAAUAACAUUUAGGACACUGUCACCCUAUGCCAGGAACAAUUCUAAGUACUUCACCUGUAUUAAUUUCUUUAAUCCUCCCAGCAACCCUCAGAAAUAGGUCAUAUUAUUAUCCCUGUUCGCAGCUUCAGAAGCCUAAAAAGAUCUGAACUCUUCAAAUACAAAAGUAUUGUUUUACUAACAUCAGUAGAUCAUUUAUAUGUCACGUAUGGAUUAUUUCCUAUCUCCUCAUCGUUUCGGCUUCAUCAUUUGAACUCUUUCUUUAAAUAAACAUUUCUGAGUGAUAAAAAAUCAUUACAAUGGAGAAUGAAAUUUAUUAGUCUAAAACUAGUACCACACAGAAAAUACAAAAACAAAAACCUCAAUUGUAGUCAAAGUAUUUGUACUUAUAAUUAUAUUAAUCAAAGUAUUGGAUAAGAGGGUCUGAGGUGGGCUAUGAAGUAACUACAUGGAGGUGGGAAAUGAAAAGAAACUCAGUUUCACUUUGAUUACAUAUAUUGUUACAAAUUAUCAUUAAGAAAUGUUUAAACAAUUGGUUUAAUAUAUACCAUUUUAAUAAUUGCUUAUGAUAUGCCUUAAAAUAAAGAAAAUUGAUGCCA